AUGCUUGUGCCCUGGGCCCCCAUUGCUGCCACCUCUGUAGUUGCCGCCGCCGCCUCUUCCUACUACUUCUCCAACAUGGCCAUCUCCAACGACGCUAAGACCGCCACCCUCAAGGGCGACGACCAGUGGGUUGAUCUCAAGCUCAAGUCCUCCAAGGACCUGUCCCACAACACCAAGGCCCUCAUCUUCGAGCUCCCUACCCCCGACUCCACCCUCGGUCUUACCACCGCUUCCGCUCUCCUCACCAAGUACGUGACCCCUAAGGGCUCCAACGUUGUCCGACCUUACACCCCUGUUUCCGACCCUGACUCCAAGGGCGAGUUUGAGCUCGUCGUCAAGUCCUACCCCGAGGGUAAGAUGUCCAAGCACAUCCACGAGCUCAAGGAGGGUGACACUCUGUCCUUCAAGGGUCCCAUCAUCAAGUAUCAGUGGCAGCCCAACCUCCACAAGGAGAUCACCCUGAUUGGUGCCGGAACCGGCAUCACCCCUCUGUACCAGCUCAUCUCUGCCAUCAACAAGAACCCCGAGGAUAAGACCAAGGUGAACCUCUUUUACGGUAACGCCACUGAGGGUGACAUUCUCCUCAAGGACGAGAUUGACGCCAUCGCCAAGGCCAAGCCCCAGCAGUUCAACGUCCACUACUUCCUCGACAAGCCUUCCGACAACUGGAAGGGUGAGAACGGAUUUAUCUCCGAGGAGUUCAUCAAGGGCAACUCCCCCGCUGCCGACUCCGACAACGUCAAGGUCUUUGUCUGCGGUCCUCCUCCUUUCUACAAGGCCAUCUCCGGCGCCAAGGUCUCUCCUACCGACCAGGGCGAGGUUGACGGUGCUCUCAAGAACCUCGGUUUCAACAAGGACCAGGUCUUCAAGUUCUAA